AGAAGCAGACUGGGAGGCGUCGUGUUUCUCCGGCGGUGAAACUAUGUCGGUUUUAGAAGAGAAAAGAAGUCCAGAUUCCAACAUUCCAGUGAAGAAGAGAGCGCCGAGCUGGUCAGACAUCUGGGUCAAGAAGAACACCAAGUCCUUGAAGCAUGUCGUCUUUGCUAUGCAACUGCCUACUCUGUCACCCAAUGAUCCCAAGUCCCAAACCCCACUCCCCAAAUUUUCGAAAAUCGACCGUACCCUUCUUUUGUCAGACGAUCUCCUCCUCAAAAUUCUUGCUAAACACCCGGUUUCUCAGAGAAACCCUAACUCUCUUGUUUGCAAGAGGUGGCUUAAUCUCCAGGGACGACUCGUGCGGUCGUUGAAGGUGUUAGAUUGGGAGUUUCUGGAAUCCGGUCGGUUGUUUUUGAGAUUCCCAAAUCUGACCCAUGUCGAUUUGGUGAAUGGGUGUCUGUUUUCGCCACGAAACUCUGGGAUUUUGGUGAGUCAUCUGAUGGGUUCAAUGCAUGUGGGUUCUAGGUUUUCGCCCUAUUGGAGACUUUGUCAGGAGAAUCUGUUGCCUGUGGACAUGGUUGACAGGGGUCUAAGAGUGCUUGCUGGUGGGUGCCCAAAUUUGCGCAAGCUUGUGGUGAUUGGCGCUAGUGAAAUGGGGUUGUUGAGUGUUGCCGAGGAGUGUCCUACUUUGCAAGAUCUGGAAUUGCAUAAAUGCGAUGAUAAUGUCUUGCGCGGGAUAGCCGCCUGUGAGAAUUUGCAAAUCUUGAAGCUUGUUGGUAGUGUAGAGGGGUUGUAUAGUUCUCUGGUUUCGGAUAUAGGACUAACAAUUCUAGCUCAAGGGUGUAAAAGGUUGGUGAAGCUUGAGCUUAGUGGAUGUGAGGGUAGCUUUGAUGGGAUUAAGGCAAUAGGGCAAUGCUGCCAAAUGCUGGAGGAAUUGACUCUUUCUGAUCAUAGGAUGGAUGAUGGGUGGCUGGCAGCACUGUCUUACUGUGAGAACCUGAAGACUUUUAGGUUCUUGUCAUGUAAAAAGAUUGAUGCUAGUCCGGGGCCUGAUGAGUAUCUCGGUUCUUGUCGAACCCUUGGGCGGUUGCAUUUGCAGAAGUGUCAAUUGCGCAACAAGAGAAGUGUGAGAGCUUUGUUUAGGGUUUGUGCGGUUGCGAAGGAGAUUGUUAUUCGGGAUUGUUGGGGACUGGACAAUGGCAUGUUCAUUGCCGCCAGCAUCUGCAGGAGAGUAAAGUUCCUAUCUUUAGAAGGAUGUUCAUUGCUAACAACGGAAGGCCUAGAGGCUGUAAUUCUUUCCUGGCAGGGUCUUGAUAGUCUUAGAGUUGUAUCAUGUAAGAACAUAAAGGAUGGGGAAAUUAGUCCUGCCCUCUCAACCUUGUUCUCUACUCUUAAAGAGUUGAAGUGGAGGCCAGAUUCCAAAUCUCUUCUUGCUUCAAGUCUUACAGGAACUGGCAUGGGAAAAAGAGGAGGUAAAUUUUUCAAGAGGACAUGAAGACGGAAAUUGCUACCCACAAAAGAUUAGGAAACAAGUUGGCUGCAGGUAGGGCCACUUCCAACGGUCUUCUUUUCUUGUACCGAAGCUGUAUCACUAUGAUGUAACCAGUCCUAGAUUAUCUAGUUAACACAGAUGUUGACAACAUAGGAUUGUUCUCCAUUUUCACCGUCUCUGGCAUGGAGCAGAAGCCAGGAAGGAGAUAAAAUUUGGAGAAUCCUGCUAGAACCUGUUGAUUCUCGGCUCUUGCUGGGGUGCCUUUCCACUAACAUUCCUAUACAAGUAAUGGUAAUUUCUGUAGGAAGUAACAUUUCUGUCUGUAGGUACAAAUUGCAAUAUUUAAGCUGCAGACAGUCAUUUGCUUGACCGUGUAACAUACCUGUAGUUCAUUUGAAAUUAUGUUUCAUAUCUGUAUUCUGGGAUUCGAUAUCCUGUAAUGUAC